GUUGUAUCUGGUGCAAGAAGAAGUAGCUAGCUAGUUAGAACAGUCGGCUAUUUAAGAAUAUAUUUCGUUUAAAUAAUUUCAUCCAAAAGAACUGUCCGUCGUGCUCAUUAUAUGAUAGCGUUGGUUACGUGAAGAGUCGGUGGGAAAGAUCGGUGUGGAAUUUUCAAUUGUAUUUGUUUUUAUUACGUUUUUCCAAAGAAGAUGGACAGUCAGUACCAGCGCUCUGUACCACUGGAGGUGAGGAGGGCAGAGGGUGAGAGGGUGCGAGCCAAGCAUCCCGACAAGAUACCGAUCAUUGUGGAGAGGGCUACCAGGUCGAGAGCUCCUGACCUGGACAAGAAGAAGUACCUCGUGCCCUCUGACCUCACAGUGGGUCAACUGUGCUUCCUGAUCCGACAGCGUGUGUCUAUGAGACCUGAGGAGGCUCUCUUCUUUUUCGUCAACAACUCCCUUCCCCCAUCCAGUUCUCCUCUCUCUGCUGUCUAUGAGGAGCACCAUGAAGAGGACCUGUUCCUAUACAUGACCUACAGUAAUGAGAGCGUCUACGGUGCCUGAGACGGGACAAAAAGGAGGAAAGAGAGGGAGAGAGCUCUUUGUAAUGUUUCACCACUAUUCUUUAAGAAUUUAGGAGAUGGUGGGGAGGAGAGUUUGGUGGGUAGGGUUUGUAUAAGUUUUGUCAGUAUUUUUGGAGUGAUCAUAUUCUGUGUCAGUAUGCUCUCAACCAUGGUAAGGCAUUCUAAAUUUGAAAAAUAACGGGGUAAUUGGAAAUAGGGGGAGUGAAAAAGAGAUUUCAAUAAAAGAAGAGUGUUAAGGGGAAAGCUCUUUUAUUCCUAUCUUUCUUUCUCAGCCAGCCAUCUGUAUUUAAUGCAAAUAGUAUUUUUUGUGUGUAAAUUAAUAUCAUGGACUUUUGUGGAAAAUAAAAUCUAAAAUGCAUGGUUUGCU